AUGUUGGGAAUGAUAAGGUGGGUAGUAGAGGGGACAUUGGUAGCGAUGCUCUUGUCGGCAAUAAGAAGAGAAACGGGAAUGAUAUUCUUCUACAACCAGUAUCAGCUGGGCGGUUGGAUACAUAGGUAUCUGUCAUGGGGAGAGAUGUGUUACUCAAGGACGGUGAAGAUGGUAAAACGUUCUAAGUUUUUCAGGAAGCAGUUGAAUGAGGAUGGGUUUGGACGCAUCAAUGAUAACAGUCCAAAAGGAAGGGGAAGGGAUCAAUCUCAAUACAGUAGUAGGUUUGUAGAACUAGAUUAA